AUGAUUGGACAGAGCAGAACAAACUUCUUCAAAGAACGAUAUCUAGAUCCUGCUGAUACAAGCUAUCCAUUACCUCACUCUGCCACAAGCCAAAAUAUUUUGACCAUCAAAUUUUCAACAUCAAUUUUUGCAUUUGAAACCGUUAUCAUCUUUAGAGGUACGGAUGGUGGUGCUGCAAACGGUGAUGCCUCAGACGUGAAUCCUCAGACAAUGAUGCCAUUUAUGCCUUGCUCAAUUGGCUUGGGUCUAAGGCUCGGUAACAAUGAUGUCGUUAGAUUGCAAACUGAGGACAUGAAAAAUUUAUCACGAAAUAAAAAGCUUUACUUGGUACUCGACCUUGAUCAUACACUGCUCAAUUCAACUGAGAUAAUUCGUUUGACUCCACAGGAGGAAUAUCUGAAGAUUCAAACACAUCCUCUGCAGGAUGUUUCGGGAGGCAGCCUCUUCAUGUUGGAUUCUAUACAUAUGAUGACCAAGUUGAGGCCCUUUGUUCAAACAUUUUUGAAAGAAGCAAGUAAUAUGUUCAAAAUGUACAUACACACGAUGGGUGAUAGACCGUAUGCGUUACAAAUGGCUAAGCUGCUUGAUCCUAGUGGGGUGUAUUUUGGCACUAGAGUGAUUUCACGAGAUGAUGGUACUCAAAGACAUGAAAAAGGUCUGGAUGUUGUGCUGGGUCAUGAAAACGCUAUUGUGAUCCUUGAUGACACAGAAAAUGCAUGGAAGAAGCGUAAGGAUAAUUUGAUUCUCAUGGAAAGAUAUCAUUUCUUCGCUUCAAGUUGCCACCCAUUCAACAACAAAUUUAAAUCAUUGUCAGAGUUGAGAAGGGAAGAAGCGUAAGGAUAAUUUGAUUCUCAUGGAAAGAUAUCAUUUCUUCUCUUCAAGUUGCCACCAAUUCAACAACAAAUUUCAAUCUUUUUCAGAGUGAAAAGGGACGAGUGUGAGCUUGAUGGUGCACUUGGAUCCGUACUCAAAGUUCUAAAGCAGAUCCAUCAUAUGUUCUUUGAGGAACUUGAGGAUGAUAUUGCUAGCAGAGAUGUGAGGCAAGCGCUGAAAACAGUUCGGAAAUCAGUCUUAAAGGGGUGUAAA